UUGGUGCCUAACGAUAUGCAUUGUUUAAAAGCUUCGAUAUUCCACCACCUCAGACUUCACGAAGAAGCCGAAGCAGCAGAGAUGGGAUCCUUCGCUACUGCUUCUAUUCCCAUACUCUCAUUUCUUCUUCUCUCUUCUUCCCACUGCUUAGAAACAAAAACCAACAAAAUAAGCAAAAAUCAAGCGAUGAUUUUGCCGCUGAGAACGCAGCAGCUUUCCCCGCCGCUUCCUCUUUCUCGACCAUCCAACAAGCUUUUCUUCCACCACAACAUCUCCCUCACCGUCUCCCUCUCCGUCGGAACUCCACCGCAAAACGUCUCCAUGGUCCUCGAUACAGGCAGCGAACUUUCAUGGCUUCUCUGCAACUCCUCCUCUGACCACUCCUUUCAUCCCCUCUCCUCUUCCUCUUUCUCCUUCGUCCCUUGUUCCUCCCCCACCUGUCAAACCUACCUCCCCUGCGACCCCUCCUCCCGUUGCCAAAUCUCCCUCUCCUACGCCGACGGAUCCAGCUCCGACGGACUCCUUGCCGCUGACCUCUUCCUCCUCCCCGCCCACAAAGUCGCCGCGUUUGGCUGCAUAACCACCUCCUUCUCGUCCUCCGCCUCCGACCCCACCGCGAUCGGACUACUCGGCAUGAACCAAGGCCCCCUCUCUUUCAUUACUCAAACUUCCAUCCGCCGUUUCUCUUACUGCAUCCCUGCCGCAGCCGACGCGGCCGGUGUCCUCGUCCUCGGUGACGCCAACCUCGUCUUCCUGCCCCACUUAAACUACACUCCCCUAUUCGAAAUCUCACUUCCUCUACCCUACUUCGACCGCGUAGCCUACUCUGUUCAGCUCGAAGGCAUCCGCGUCGCCGGCGAGCUGCUUCCCAUCCCGAAAUCCGUGCUCGUACCGGACCACACUGGCGCCGGACAAACCAUCGUCGACUCCGGCACGCAGUUCACGUUCCUACUCGGCCCUGCUUAUUCUGCGCUAAAAACCGAAUUUUUAAGGCGGACGAAGGGGUUGCUGAAGGAAUUGGGGGAGCCGGAUUUUGUGUACCAGGGGGCGUUCGACGCUUGUUUUUUGUUGCCGGCGUGGAGAUCGGCGCCACCGGAUGGCAUUCCAUCGGUGGCUCUGGUGUUGCCGGGGGCGGAGGUAGUGGUCGGCGGCGAGCGGUUGCUUUACCGGGUUGCAGGCGAGCGGCGCGGUGGGGACGCGAUCUGGUGUUUGACGUUUGGGAACGCAGAUUUGGUGCCGAUUGAAGCGUACGUGAUUGGGCAUCACCAUCAGCAGGACUUGUGGGUUGAGUACGAUUUGGACCGAAGUCGGGUUGGGUUUGGACCGGUUCGGUGUGAGCUUGCUAGCCAGCGGAUCAGUGCCGGUCUUUGAGUACUUGUUGGACCGGCUGGUUUGAGAUAUUUUUGGUAGGGUUUGUUUGGGGACAAGAUGGUGUUAAUGCGAAUUUAACAAGUUGUAUUUAAAGAACA